AUUUCUGUCCAUAGGAAUGACGUCGGCGAACUGUUAAUCAGCUGAUUCUGUGCGAUCAAAUGAACCAAAAUAACACGAUUUAAUCAGUCCAAACGGGAGUAGCAUCUACAAAAAAACUGAGGAUAUUUUAGUAGGGCAUUGUUGACAUGCUUCAUUGGGUCCCUCAACAUGGACAAGAUUUUGGAGGGCCUCGUGAGCUCCGAUCACUCUGUUCCAGUGAAGAGAGCCAUUGUGAAGAAGGUAGUGGAAGCGGCAGAGAAAGAGGUGACUGAGGAGCAGUGUCAGUCCCUGUUCAUUCUAACCACCCGCCUCAUCCUGCUUGGUGAGGAUGCCUUUCAAAGGCAGAUCGGCCUCCAGGUUUUGGAGGCAUACGCACGCUACCACCGCCCAGAAUUUGAGCGUUUCUUCAGUAAAGACUUUGUCCUCAGUCUUCUCCAGCAGGGCUACGGCCACCUGGACCGCAAAGACCCAGCCAUUAUAGACUACAUUCACUGCUGCCUGCGGCUGCUCAUCAGCUGCCCCUCGGUAUUGGAGAUCUUCAGUAUGAUUCAGGUGGAAGUUUUAAGGAUGGUGUGUGAACGUCCAGAACCUGCCCUCUGUGCACGUCUAAACACUUUGCUGUCAGACUUUGUGCAGUGCAUUCCGAGAGAUAAGUCAGGAGUUUUGUUCUGCCAGCAGCUUGUGAGGACAAUCAGUUACUUCCACUGCUUUGCCAGCCAGGAGCGGGAGCUGAGAGAGUAUGUAGGUCAGGUGACUAAGGUCAGCACACUGCUGCAGAAUAUCUGGAAGGCUGACCCAGCCACACUGCUUCCCUCACUGCAGGAAGUCUUUGCCAUUAUCUCUUCUACAGACCCCUCCUUUGAUCCAUCCAUUGCUCUGGCAAGCCUGGUCCAGCACAUCCCAGUCCAGAUGAUCACAGUACUCAUCAAGAGUCUCACCACGGACCAGAAUGUGAAAGACGCAAGCAUGACUAAAGCACUCUGCAGGAUGAUUGAUUGGCUGUCUUGGCCUCUGGCCCAACAUGUGGAUACCUGGGUCAUUGCUCUUCUGAAAGGACUGGCUGCAGUUCAGAAGUUCACCAUCCUCAUAGACGUCACUCUGCUCAAGAUCGAGCUGGUAUUCAGUCGUCUGUGGUACCCCAUCGUGCGACAGGGGGCGCUCACCGUGCUCUCCCAUAUGCUGCUCAGUUUCCAGCAUUCUCCCGAGGCCUUCCAUUUGGUUGUUCCACAUGUGGUGCACCUGGUCCAGUCUUUGAGGACAGAUGGUCUCCCCACCAGUAAAGCUUUCUUGCUGCAGUUUACUGAGCUAAUACACUGCAUGAUGUACCAGUACUCCGGCUUCCCUGACCUCUAUGACCACAUCAUUGAGGCCAUCAAGGAUCUCCCAAAACCAGGAGAGGAAAAAAUCAAGUUGGUGUUGAAUCAAAGUGCCUGGACCUCCCAGUCCAAUUCAUUUGCAUCAGGUCUCCUGAGGCAAGUUGGGAAGUCUGAGACUGGCAAGACUGGCCUGGUUAACUUGGGGAACACCUGCUACAUGAACAGCAAUCAAACCCUCUUCAUGGCCACAGAUUUCAGGCGGCAUGUUUUAUCAUUGCAUCUGAAUGGUUCCCACACAUUGAUGAAAAAGCUCCAGCUGCUCUUUGCUUUCCUUGCUCACACUCAGAGGGCAGCAUAUGCACCCAGAAACUUCUUAGAAGCAUCUCGGCCUCCCUGGUUCAAUGCAGGCUCCCAGCAGGACUGUUCUGAGUACCUCCGAUUUAUCCUAGACAGGUUACACGAAGAGGAGAAAACACUUCAGGUCCUGGAAUCGGCUAAGCCAAAGGUUGCCUCCCCUGUGGACACAAGCAGCAAAGACCCAGAAGCUCAGACUUCUCCAGAGGACACUGAAGAAUCAGCUUCAUCUCCAGCAGAAGCUGAACCUGUGGAUGAUGGGAGGACUUUGAUAGAAAGGAUGUUUGGCGGGAAUCUGAUCACAGGGAUUCGCUGUAUGCAGUGUAACAUUAUCUCUGAGAAACAGGAACGUUUUACAGACCUCUCUCUGGCCUUCUGUCCAUCUGCCACGUCUCAGGACAGCCCUCAAGCUGCAGGGCCCUCAGAGGAGCCUAAAGUUCUCUGUCAGGGUUCUGUCAAUGGUGGCAGUGAAACUCCAGAGCCAGGUUCGGCUAAAAACCCCACUAGCAAUGUACAAUUUGUGCCAGUGACAAAUGGGCCCCCUCUCUCUGUGCCUGACCUGGUGAACUAUUUCCUCGCUCCAGAGAUCCUGGAUGAAGAGAAUGCGUAUUUCUGUGAGAAGUGCAGCUCCCUGCAGCGGGCCGAGAGGACCAUGAAACUAGUGUCGGCACCUGAAUACUUAAUCCUCACCCUGCUGCGAUUCUCAUAUGAUGCCAAAUGCCAUGUCCGCAGGAAGAUUCUGGAAAAUGUUACCAUCCCACCCCUCAUGAGACUUCCUGUGCACUCUCCUUCGAUGCAUACACAAUAUUCCUCUUCUACCUCCUCCCCUCUGCAAGUGGACUCCCCAGAGAGCAGCGAGAAUCUGGCCAAGAAGCUGAAACCAUCUCAGAAAGAGGAGGAAGAAGAGGAGAAGGAGAGGAUAGAUGGAGAAGAGCUUUUAAACAGAGGGGGAGAGAUGUCAGUCCAGUCCGUGCCCUAUGUGCUCAGCUCAGUGGUGAUGCAUUCUGGCAUUUCGUCUGAGAGCGGCCACUACUACUCCUACGGUCGUAACAUUAACGGAGCAGAUGGAACCCAGCAUCCAGCCAAUCACUUUGCCCUAAAGGAGGACUUGGGAAACGGCCAGGCUGAGUGUAGCCUCCCCACUUGCUCUGCUCUCUCGAUUUCACCUGAACGAGGAGACACACCUUCGAACAGUGGCCAGGAGGCAAGGGAUUGGCUGCUUUUCAACGACAGCAGAGUGACAUUCUCGUCCCUCCAAUCGGUGCAAAACAUUACUAAUCGCUUCCC